AUGAGCCAAGACACCCGCCCCACCCUCGUCGGCUGGAUGAGACGGUUCGCCCAGUGCUACGGCCUCGCCCCCGGCGCGCUCCACCGCGCCGUCUCCUACGCCGACCGGUUCCUCUCGGUGCGACCGCUGGCGGACGACGUCGGCAUGCCCCGCCUCCGUCUCCUGGGCGCCGUGGCCGUCUACGCCGCGGCCAAGUACGAGGACCAGGGAACCGUAGAGCUACGGCCGCCGCUGCGGCGGCGGCGGCGGCUUCGCCUCGAGCAAGGAGGAGGUGCUCUGGACAUGGAGCGCGCGCUGCUCGCGGCGCUCGACUACCGGCUGGGCCGCCCCACGGCGUACACGUUCGUGGAGCACUUCACCCGUCACUAUGGCCAAGAGGAGGCGCGCCUGGAGCUCCGCUCCUGCGCGCAUGACUUCGCGGACAUGUCGCUGCUCCACUACGGCUGCCUCCAGCACAAGCCGUCGGCUGUGGCUGCGGCGGCCAUGUUGCUGGCGAGGCUGACGCUGAAGCCGACGUACGGGCAGAUGAGGUGUUGGAACAGGGAGCUCAAGGAGCUGACGGCCGGGGUACGAACCCAUAAAAUUGGAGCGCUGCGUCGAAGCAAUACACUCUCUCAUUCCUCACCAUGGUGA